AUGGAGGACGUCGAUAUGGAGAAUGACCCGGAUCCGAUCAAGGCCUCAUAUGAGGUCUUCAUCAAGCCCUACCUCUCUGCAGACAAGCAGAUGUAUGUCCUUCAAUUCCCCAAUCGCGACGCCAGGCAGAAUUACAGCAAGAAGAACGCCGCCGAGCCUCUGAAGAUGCGUAUAAAGCCAAAAGCGGGCAUGGUCGAGUUGGAUGUCCCGAUGGAUGUGCGCAACAAUUACGACCAGCGAAAAGGUGCAACGUGGGGAAGUGCUAUAAAGAAAAGCGCGGAGACCAAGGGAGCUGGGAGUCAUGGCUUGCCAGGUGGAUUUGGCAUUGGAGGCGCACCACCACCGGGAGGAAGAGGCAGAGGAGCGAGAGUAAUUGAGGAUGUGCGAGCAGUUCAAGAUCAGAUUCUGGAGGAUUUUGAGAAUGCCAUUCAGAGGGAACAGGUCCUGGUGAAGCAGACUUUGGGAGGCCAAGCUAUCUCGAACGAAGAAACAACACCACAGUAUAUGAUCGGGACGUUCUUGAAUGAUUGCUCAGACCAGCUGCAUCUCACGCCAGUCGACAACGUUGUCCAGAUGCGCCCUCAAUUCCAUCACAUUGACGCACAAUCCGAGCAAGAGCGAGCAAUCCGAGGACGUGACGCAGCAUUGGGAGCUCGAACUGCGCCUGAAGCUCGUGUCGUGCAUAUGACUGUCAAAUCAACUAUCGAUGGCGAGGAAGCAACGACCGAAAGCAUGGACAAGAGGAUUCAGGAUGCGCAAUCAGAGGCUUGGAAGAGCCACCGAUUUGUUGACGAGGACGCUGAAGAAACAUGGAUUGGCUACAACGCCAAUUUGUUCGUGGGCGCUGGCGGAACUGAGAUUGACGAAGAACUGCUCGAUAAAGUACCUAGGUUAUCCAGCACCUUAAAUAACGCCGAGUACAUGAACGCAAUCAGUGCGCCGAACGACGCAGCCAAGCUAUCCAGGAACCAGAAGCUGAAGAAGGCAAAGGGAAAAGGCAAGGAGAAGGCUACUGAGGCAGAUGAAGCUGAGAGCGAUGAUUUGGACGCCAUGUCUGACCCCUCGUUAUCUGACACUGACAGUGAGGCUGAAGACGGAUCUCUCCCAAUCGGCUGA